AUCCCGUACACGGACUCUGCCGUCUACGCCAAGAUGAAGUCUGGUGACAGCCAGGUCAAGAUCAAUUCGGAGGCACACACCUCGGACGGCUAUUUGCUCCAGGUAACAGCAUCGACGACUGCGGAGCGGAUGCUGAAGUCCUUCGAGGUCAGUGAGGAGGACUACGAGAUCAUAGCUGCAAUGUGA